GGUCGCUUCCUGCGGGAGAAGGAAGCGGUUACCUUUCGCCAUGGAGCUGCCGCCGAGCCACCACUCCGCCACCCGGGCGGCGGCGCUGGCCGCCUGCUAUGUCAGCUACCGGCGGGGGAGCCCCGGGCGCGGCCUGGCGCUGCGGACCGUUCGCAGCGGCCGCAGGCAGGACAUCGAUGGUGUUGGGCGUAAGUACUGUCUGGAAUUGGUGUUAGAAGAUGUCCUUGACAAAGACAGUCCUGUUAACUGCACUGCUGAGGUUCUUCAUCAUCUGGGCAACAAAAACAUUGCUCCAGAUGUGCAAUUCACAAUUGAAGGAGAACUUAAGAACACAGAUGAAGCAGAUAACAUAUUCUACAAUCGAAUCAAGAGCCUGGAAAAAGAGCUUGUGGCAGAAAAUAUACCAGACAACCACGGCAACACAUCCCCAGAAAUGGAGCCCAUCCGGCUGCUAGCAUGGGUUGCCUCUGGCUAUGUGAUAUGGCAGAACUCUACUGAGAACACCAAGUUCCAACUUGCCCAAAUUAAACAUGUGAAGCAAGUGAAAAGAAGUGAUGAGUAUCUUGAAUUUGACUACAUGAUUCUACUUCACGAAAUGGUGUCACAGGAGAUCAUUCCCUGGCAAAUGACAGUUCUUUGGCACCCACAGCAUGGUGUUCAAGUGACACAGGAGAGCCGUCAGCCAAAACACGCAUCAGAAUAAUGAACCACCUGAUACAGCAAUUGAAGAAGCUCAAAUGCUACAAUAAGCAUCUGAAGGGAGGCCAGAGAAGUUGAUGAUGGUGGAUACACAACCAAGGUACGAAGAAGUUAAGGACUUUGACUUCUUCCUCAGCUAAACUUUUCCUGUACAUUGUGCUUUGAUCUGAUAAUUCAAAGGGCAAUUUCCCUGCUAUAUAAUCAAAGUCUGCAUCAAUAUAUGUAUAAAAAAGCUGUGUUACCAGAAAGAAUACUUACGGCACAGGGGCAGAGAUGUUCUCCCUAAAGGCAACUUUUGGCUUUCCCAUCGUGCAGGGGCAGCCGUAUUCUCUUUCCAUUCGCUGCAGGAGAAAAUUAAAUAAAUAACUGUUCAGUUGGAACAAUUUAUUGGAAAUCAUUUUCCUGACAGAUCUUUCUGACAGGAGAAACUUAAUCAAGGGUAACCAGGUUUUUAGGUUUGAGGUUGGAAUGAUUUUUGGUGUCUUGGUAUUUUGUAUUUUUUGUCUUUUUUUAACAUCACAAAUUGUUGUCAUUUUGCAGUCAACCUUGUUUACGGCCUAUAGCUUUAGAUACAGGAAAAGGGAACAGCAGUAGUUAUUCUACUCAAAUUUAAGUUUUUAAAGACAAAAUCCAUUUUUAAUUAAUUCUGUCAACAUUUCAGAUACAUCUAUUUUGUUAGACUACAAUACAGAAAUCAACUUGAAAGAGACAAAUAAACCACUAACUAUUC